GCAUGCGCAUUAGGUAUGCACUGAACGCGUCAUCGUAUUUUCCUGAACGCAGCUGAAGAUGUAAACAAGAGGAUUGGCGAGUGCGAAAGCUCGUUUUGUCCACUAUUACCUUCCAUGAUUGUCCUGAUUUAAUCGCAAAAAGCAGCCAUGGGGCUCCCUGUUACUAUUAAAGUGAAUUUCAGGGGAAAUGUAAAGAGAUUUGUGGCUCCAGAUUUGGACAAGUCGGAAUGGGAGUCGGUGGAAGCCUGGAUAAAAGCAUCAUUUGGAAUAAGCCAUUUUCAAGUGAAAUAUUUUGAUGAGGACAACGAGGAGGUUUCCAUCAAUAGCCAAGAGGAAUAUGAGGAAGGUGUGAAGAGUGCAGAGAAGCAGGGGAACCAGUUGCACAUGAACGUUUACAAGGCGAAGCAGGGUCAGGCUGGCACUGGGCCGGUCAAGACCCAAGAAGUGAAGGAGCUGAAGGGGGAACUCCGGCCGGCCCCGCCGUACCCCUCCAGGGUCAAAACUGUGGACAAAGGCACACAGGUCACCCCCGAGAGAGAUGCUGUGGUUGUGAAGGACAACAAAGUGACUAAGCCAGAGGAUAAGCUUCCCCCAGCUUGGUUUAGAUCUUACAUGGAAAAAUUCAAGGAUGAGGUGGUGAAGGAGGUAGUGGAGAGGAUGUGCAGCGACUUCUCUGGCCAGUGCUGCACCCACAAGGCCCCCAAUCCUGAUGGGCCUCUCGAGGUCCUUGGAGCAGUGGGCGGAGUCAAUAUCAAAGGCCCAAAGGUGAACUCCUCCUCCACCGGCCCCCCCGCCUACUCCUCAUUGGGCUACACUCCAGAAUGCAGCAAAUGCAAGAGACCAGCCACCGAUGGAGCUUAUCAGUGCAGAGUGUGUCCGUCCUGUAUCUUAUGUGAGCUGUGUCGACACAGCCACGACCCCAGCCACAACCUGGUGAGAACCAAGACUCCCCUCUCCAUCCCUGAGCAUGGCAUGUCAGGAGAAUUAAGGUUUCCAAGGCGAGGAGACCGGACCGUGCGCAAGGCUGAGCGCCAGCGCCUCAAAACCGAGAGGAGGCAGCUCAAGGCCGAGGUGAAGGAGAUUAAGAAGAAGCUGAGGCUGGAGAAGAGGGGCCUGCAAUGGAGCGGCCCUGCCUCUACCUCCGCCAGAUCCAACGUGGCCACCACCCAGGCCCCUGCUGCUACCCAGGCCCCAGAACCAGGCCCUGCCCCAGACCCCCAGGCCUGCAGUCCAGAGGGUCCCGAGGUCUCCUACACCACCUUGGUGCCCACUAUGGCUGCCUUGUUUCUGGAUGAAAAUCUGCCCGACGGGACCCGCCGAGAGCCCGGCACCAAGUUCAUCAAGUAUUGGAAGAUGAAGAACUCAGGCAUCAUCAACUGGACCUCAGAGACCAAGCUGAAGUGCAUGUGGGGUAACCUGGCACUGGCAUUGGAGGAGAAGCGUGAGGUGGCCGUGCCCCUCCUGCAGCCGGGCCAGGUGGGCGUGGUCAGUGUGGCCUUCAUCGCCCCAGUGAUGGAGGGCACCUACACCUCCCACUGGCGCCUUGCACACUGCGGAGAGCAGUUUGGCCCUCGCGUGUGGUGCAGCAUUGUGGUGGCCCCCAGCACCAGCCCACACGCCAACUGUCCUCAGAACAAAUGCCUGGAGGUGGAGCCCAGGCCUGUGGUUGUGGAGGGGAUGUCGAGUAACAGCUCCAGGGACAGUGGUCUGGCCAUGUCUGUAGACUACUGCCACAGAGACUACCACUUCCCCUCUGUAGACCUGCUCACUGCACAGGAUCUGUUGUCCUUUGAAUUGCUGGAUAUUAACAUUGUGCAAGAGUUGGAGAAAGUUCCGAACAACACUCCAGUCGAUCUGACCCCCUGUGUGUCCCCUCUGCCCCACAAUGGCCCUCUACUGGAGCACCCAGGCACCGACCAGAUCGAAAACAACACUGAGAUGAACCGGGUCAACAACCUGCUAGGAGUGAACGAGGACCCACCUGGCCACGAGGAGGAAGACAUCAGCGGGACUCAGUUUGUGUGUGAGACGGUGAUCCGCUCCCUCGCCCUCGAGGAGGCUCCCGACCACAAGCCCCCUCGCAGACAUCAGCCCAGCUACUGCAAGCCCAAAGUUUUUGAAGCUGUAGCCUCGGGCCCUGUCUUUGGCUAUGACACAGCAUUAAGAGUGACAGGACCAGAUUUGCUGAUGAUGGGGGUUAUGAGAGAUCAAGGUUCACCUCCAGGCCUUCCCCAGAUCACACUUCCAGAGGAGACUGUCACAGAGGUUGAAAAUGUGUACAUGGAGCUGUAUGCAAUGAAUGAGGAGGACAUGGAAGACAACAAAGCCAGAAAGGAUGUGAAGGACCAGAAAGCUGAGGAUAAAGAAGAUGAGAGCUACGUUGAGAUUGAAGAGGAGAAAGAACAUGAAGAAGAAGACGAGCGAGCGGACUGGGACGAGGUGAGCAGCCAAAUCUCCACCUUGUCCUCGUCCUCCUGCGAGGACUACGUCAUAGUCCUGCCGGACUGCUUCGACACCAGUCGGCCGCUGGUCGAGCCCACGUACAGCUCCGCCCUCUCGGAGCCUGUCACUACCGCAGCCGUGGAGCAGGAGCUGGCGCCAGACUCUGAGCCUGAGGAGCUGGACAGAGCCACCCCAGAGGGGGAGAGGCAAGAGCGGGGUGAGGCUGCAGUCACGGAGACCACCAUGCACAGCAAUGUCAACCAGAUGCUGUGUGCCUCCCAGACGCUGGAUGCUGUCCCCCUAACCCCUGAGGUGGUGCCACCGCCGGUCUCUCUCCUGCCUCCACAGGCCCUGUACACACACAGGUCUGAAGCAGUCCAUGUUGCAGAGCCAACACGUCAACAAGCGUCUGGACCAGUAGAACCAUGCCAACCAGCGGUCCAUUUAAAUGUAUCUAGUUCAACGAGACCAUCAGACUUAGCCAGUGCCUUUGAGACGUACAACUCCAGACCCUGCAUCUCCCUGCGCCCAAGGGGCCAAGGCGGUAUCACGGAGGGACUAGUCAAGGGGGUUCUGUCAGUGGCAGCGUCCGCCUACAAGGCUCUCUUCACUGGACAGAGCUGCUCCACACAGCGUGGUGUGGACCCGGCCAGCCAGGACGCCUCCAUGAUGGCCGUGCUGCUGGAGAUGGGCUUCAGGGACCAGCGGCUCAACCAGUGGCUGCUGAGGAAGCACAAGCACAACCUGCUGCACACUGUCAACGAGCUGGUCGCCAUGGCCGACAACUCACUACUGACGGGCCGGGUCGGCCAAUCAGCCAGGCCGCUACACGACCCAUGACACCCAAUGAGAAAGCGGGGGGGGUUCAUUUUGGCACUGAUGUUAGGUCAUGGGCCUUACCUAUUGACAGGGCCAGGGUUGGUUCACUGUUCCCAAAGAGAAUGGAGGUUGUGGGUAUUGAAUGUAAUCAGAAUUCCAAUCUUCUCCAUUGUGUUGGGUAUUGGGACUACUCUUGUUGAUUUGAAGGACUUACAUGGUUGAGACGGGGAUUCAACUACAUAGGAAUGCUAAAGAACUGAAUGUCUGAUUUCUUUUAGAUAUAGUGGUGAAUUGGCCUAAACAAUGCAAUAUUCUAUGUAUAUAUCAAAAGUACUGUUAUUUUAGAUGUCUGGCAACACGCAACAUUUGACCUGUGGAUUGUAUAAGGAACAGACACUGCAGACUAAGGAAAUAAGCUGUUUCUUUCUAGGAGACACUUGCAUGUCAGAUUUAAGCAUACGAGUCAUACUUGCGGUACUGUAGGACUCGCAUCUAUAAAUGUUGUCUCUGCAUCACACUUGUACUCAUUUUCCUCUUUCACAUUGUAAGAAUCAUCCCCUUUCAUAUAUUUCUAUCACACAACACUACGUAUAUCCAACCAUAACAUUCCUAAGUUUGUUCAUGGAACCAAGUUUCUCAUAGGUAGUUUUUAUGAAUGGUAAUCGGUGACACGAGUCAUGGUGAUUUGAGUGCAUAGGUUUCAAACGUUCUAGGCCUAUACUAUGUUUGACAGUUCAGCCUAUCUCUCUGUGUGUACUUUUCCUUUCAGGAAAAAAAAGGUUUGUAACUGGACACAUGUUUGUGGUUGUGAUAUGUUCAAAUACUAACAGUUUAAAGAUCAUGCUUUCGAAUGAAAUGCUGAAAAUAUGAACUGUGCUUGCUAAAGGGGUCUCCUUUCAAUCAGCACGUAAGUAAGUACACUGCAAUUGUCAAUCAGCCAAUAAAUAAAUUGCACAAAUCUA